UGGGACCUAGCGCAGCUGAGAAGGCGGCGGCCGCAGCGGCAAGGGUCGGAGUGUCCGAGUCCGGGGCUGCGAGCGGGUUGUGUCCGAGCCCAGGUCCGAGUCCUGACCGCGUGUGCGACUGGAAAGCGCCGGACGCAAUGACCCUGAAUGGCGGCGGCAGCGGAGCAGGCGGGAGCCGCGGCGGAGGCCAGGAGCGCGAGCGCCGUCGGGGCAGCACACCCUGGGGCCCGGCGCCCCCUCUGCACCGCCGAAGCAUGCCGGUGGAUGAGCGCGACCUGCAGGCGGCGCUGUCUCCAGGCGCCCUAGCGGCGGCCGGGACCGAGACCCAGGGUCCAAGGCUGAACUGGCCAGAGGGCUCCUCUGACUCCCUCAGCUCGGGGGGCAGCGACUCAGACGAGAGCGUGUACAAGGUGCUGCUGCUGGGGGCGCCUGGCGUGGGCAAGAGCUCUCUGGCCCGCAUCUUUGGUGGCGUAGAGGAGGGACCUGAGGCCGAGGCCGCAGGGCACACGUAUGAUCGCUCCAUCAUGGUGGACGGAGAAGAGGCCUCCCUCCUGGUCUAUGACAUUUGGGAUCAGGAUGGGGACUGCUGGCUGCCUGGCCACUGCAUGGCCAUGGGGGAUGCGUAUGUCAUCGUGUAUUCCGUGACGGACAAGGGCAGCUUCGAGAAGGCCUCAGAGCUGCGGGUCCAGCUGCGACGGGCACGGCAGACAGAUGAUGUGCCCAUCAUCCUCGUGGGGAAUAAGAGCGACCUGGUGCGCUCUCGUGAGGUCUCCGUGGAUGAGGGCCGGGCCUGCGCUGUGGUCUUUGACUGCAAGUUUAUCGAGACAUCGGCUGCUCUGCACCACAACGUCCAGGCGCUGUUUGAGGGCGUUGUGCGCCAGAUACGCCUUCGCAGGGACAGCAAAGAGGCCAAUGCCCGGCGGCAGGCGGGUACCCGGAGACGAGAGAGCCUUGGCAAGAAGGCGAAGCGCUUCCUGGGCCGCAUCGUAGCACGCAACAGCCGCAAGAUGGCCUUUCGUGCCAAGUCCAAGUCCUGCCAUGACCUCUCGGUUCUCUAGGCCCCACAGCACUCACUGCAGUGGGUAGACAGAUGGGCGGGUUGGUGGGCCGGUCCAGCCAAGCCUCCCUAGAUGCCUCAGGGCUAGCUCAGACUCUGGACCUCUAAGAACUGCCAGUUGGGCGUCCCCCAUCUCACGGUCAUGGACAGACAAUGAUGCCCGGGAAUGUGGCUCCCGGAGGCCAGUAAGGGCUGGGCCCACAAAGAAGUGCAUGCAGGCCCAUGUGUGCCUCAAGGCAGAAGCCUGAGCCCAUCCUGUGGGGUAGCCUGGCCCUCUGGCCGGAGUGGGGGCAGGCCUGUGUGUGGGAGCCAGCUGUGACUUCCACCUUUGUCCACACCUGUGGUGUGCAUGUCCAGGAGGAAGGCUGUUCAGUGCGGUGGCUAUUUGUUUACAUGCAGAUUUUUGUAAUAAAGAUUAUUUCCUGAUAGGUCAGGGCUGUCGACUGUGUUUUCUCCCAUCUGGGGGCUGUAGGAGCAGGAAGCGUUCCCGAAGUUGAGGGAUGAAGGCUUGCUGCCCCACCCUGGUGUGUGGCUUUGUCCUAAUACUUGGCUCCGGGCCUAGGCAGCUGGGGCAGAGCGUACAGCAUGGGACCAGGCCUGGUUGAAGGUGGAAACAGCAGUAGACACAACUGUUCCUGGCUCCUGCUAUCCAGGUCCUUUUCCUUCUGCAAUGGGGCCUGGCAUUGCCCAGCUGAUAGAGAGUUCCAAUUAUCCACCUGCACAUAAGGGAAACAGAGGAAGUGUGAGGGGCCCACAGUCCUGCCUCUCAUCUCACAAUCGGAUAAGUUCCUGGACUGGUGUCUCUGCCUUGCUCCCUCCUGAGGGCCUGGGAAUCAGCUGAGGUGGAGCACCUGUGGAAGACCUCAGGACUUCCGAGCUGGGAAGGAAGUGGCUGGUUGGCCUAAAGGUGGAAACGAGGGAGGCGUGCCCAAGUGGACUUGAUUCAGGAUGGCUCCCCCGCCCCUGGCUGUGGCUGGGCUAUGAGAAGGGCCUCACUUUUCUUUCCACAGUGAGUGUCCUGCUGAACCAGAACAUCCCAUGCUCAGCACUGGCUAAUUGGGUCCUGGCAGGAACAGCUCCGUGGAGCCCACCCUGCCCCGAAUGAGAGGCCUUGGAUUUGUCUAGAAACGUGGGCACGCAUGUAGCUGGAGGCGUGCGUGUCUCCCCACCCACCCUCCUUCCAGGAGGGGACUCCAUGGCCCCUAGCCCUUCUUGGCACAGGGGGCCUGCCAGGAAUUCAUUUACAUGGUGUCAGGAAUGAGCAACCCCAUUUGAUGAUGGCAGUUGGGGAACUGAAGCACUUGCCCCAUAUCCCAUGGGUAGGAAGUGUCUGAAUGGGGCCUGGUAUCUAGAUCUUUCCAUCUCCAAAACCUGAAGCAGUCUGGGUCAAAGUGGGAGACAGCUUCUGAGAAGUUUUCAGGCCAGGGUCCACGCAUUCCUUCAUUGGUUCCAUUAAUUCAUUCCACAGACCCUGGCAGCCCUCACAACCUGAUUAGACCCCAGAUUACAGCUCCUUCUCAGUGUAUGUGUUGGGAGGGUACCUCUGAGACAAACCCACAUGCCCCCCACGGCAGUGUUAACUGCUCAAACUGCUGCUUCUUCCCACCACAGCCCCCUUAACGUACCUUGGGCAGGUGGAGGGUAUGGCUUUCUUGGAACAGAUGAAGGUUCCAAGGCCGGAAGAGGAACACAGGCCUUCCUGGCUCUACCACUUAUUGUCUGUGUGACCCUGAGCAAGCCACUCAGCCUCUCUGAGCCCCAGUGUGUGACAUGAGGACGAUGCCCCAGUCAGAGUAGGAGUGGGUGGAAUAAUGAAGGUAUGUGUUCAGAGUGGUGCCUAGACAUAAUGGGAGCUCAGCACCUGCGAUACCCCCUCAACAUCCACACACCAUAGCACUGAAGGCUGGGGUGCCCGAGUAACCCUGGGGCAAACCAUCAGCUUGUGGCAGACAAGGUGGGGCCAGAUGAGGAGCCCCCACCUAGCUUCCAGCCUGAGAGAGACUAAUCAGACGUGAAGGAGAUCAUGGGAGGGGGAGGCUGGAGGCCAGCAUCCCCAACCCUCCCUACCUUUCUUCCUCCCCUCUGAUUCUCAGGCCUCAGAAGCUUCUCCUGGCUCUGCUUGGCUGCCCUCACUGGGGGAAGGGCCCCUGGUGAGCCCUGCAACUCCUUCAAGGUCACCUGGGCUGGCUCAAACUUCUCUAUCCUUCUUAAAGCCACGAGACAGUCCAUUGUCCAACCCCGUCCCUGGCCAGGGCCUAGUGUGAGGAUUUGUAGAGGCUCAGGGGGAGAUCAUAGGGUGCUGUCCCACCGGGAAUACUUACUUCAGGUUGAGCACUGCCCAUUCAUUCAUUGUUCAUGUGCAACUUUGAGCUCCUUGUCCCAGGAGCUGUCAUGGCAUUGCGAGAGCCAGGCCACUGCUGAGUCCUCAAGUACUGCCUCAGAGAGGCUCGCAGUCUGAUGGAGGGGACAGACAAUGACAAUCUGGUAUCCUCUGUGCAUUGAUAGAGGUAGUACAUGGAAGGAGAGACGCUCCCAGAGGAGGCUCCUGAACCAGCCUGGGAGCACAGGGAAGGUUUCCUGGAGAAGGAAAUAUUUGAGCUGAGUACAGAAGCAUGAACAGGUGUUCAGCAGACAGAUGAAGGAGUGGGAAGAGAAUUCCAGGCUAUAUGAACAGAGGGUGUAAAGGUGCAGCUGCAGAUACCGGUGCAUGGGGGAGAAGCGGGGCCAAGUCCGGGGCCACAGAAAAAGAACUACUGUUCAAGC